AUCCUAACUUCACAUCUCUCUCUCGGUCUCUAACUUCCUCUCCUAGCCUAACAAGCCAUGGCUAUGAUCAAGUCUCUAGCCGUUCAUCUGCUACUAUAUAUGGUAGCAAUGACGGUUAUGGUGGCGGCUGAUCUUCUUCGCUUCAAACAUCCGGUGAAAGCCAACGGAUCUCUCAGCUUUUUGGCUAUCGGAGACUGGGGUCGCAGAGGACUUUACAACCAAUCCAAGGUGGCUUAUCAGAUGGGCAAAGUGGGGGAGAAAAUGGAUGUCGACUUCAUUGUUUCUACCGGUGACAACUUCUACGACAGUGGUUUAAUUGACGAACAUGAUCCCGCCUUUUUUGACUCAUUUACAAAUGUUUAUACUGCCCCUAGUUUACAGAAACAGUGGUAUUCUGUGUUAGGGAACCAUGACUAUAGAGGCAAUGCAUUGGCACAAUUGAGUCCAGAACUCAGACAAAGGGAUAACAGAUGGCUUUGCAUGAGAUCUUUUAUUGUGAAUGCUGGAAAAGUGGAUUUUUUCUUUGUUGAUACGACACCGUUUCAUGGGAAAUACUUUUCGGAGACAGAUCAGGAAUACGACUGGAGAGGUGUGCUUCCUCGAGAAGACUAUGUUUCAGAACUCCUAAAGGAUGUUGAUGUAGCAUUAAAAGAAUCUAGUGCCAAAUGGAAAGUAGUCGUAGGACAUCAUACAAUAUACAGUGCUGGUGUCCAUGGCAAUACAGAAGAACUUGUGGACAAACUUUUACCCAUUCUUCUGGAAAAUGACGUAAAUCUAUACAUAAAUGGACAUGACCAUUGCUUGGAGCACAUUAGUAGUUCAAACAGUCAGCUUCAGUUUCUAACAAGCGGAGGCGGCUCAAAGGCAUGGCGCGGUGAUAUUAAUCCAUGGAACCUUGAUGAAAUGAAGUUCUAUUAUGACGGCCAAGGUUUCAUGGCCGCAGAAAUAACUGAAAAUGAUCUUGUUGUGUCCUUUUAUGAUGUCUUUGGCAACAUGCUACAUAAUUGGAGCAACUCUGGAAACUCGCGUCGCUCCGCCUGGUAGAACUUAAUUACGCACAUAACAUCGACUUAUUCGGGGAAUUGAAUAUAAAAAUCUGUUAACUAUCAACAAUCAUUUAGACCUUGUCUAUGAUCUUUAACACGUGCACAUGAGGUCUAUGAUCGUAUAGUAAACUGAUAUGGAUUUGUAUUGUAUGUUUUCAAUUGCAUCUUGGAGAAACGAUGUUGUAUCCUUAAAUUCUUGUAUUGAAGUUUCAUUUUAUGAAUA